UAUUUGAUCUUUCACGUUGACAACCCCCAAAAUCAAAACUCGUGGGGAUAGGAGGAGGAGGCCUCUGCAGCCUAGGCAACCAAGGGAGUGUGAAGCUUGGUUUAAAAGCAGAUAGGUAAAUCCCUGCCCCAUCCCGCUCCCUCCAGACAACUCCCCUGGCCCCAACCCCACUAUCCCCUUUCGGUCGGCAGUCAAAAAGUCCUGGCGGCCAAACGCCUUCCCCUUUAACAGGAGCGCUGCGCCCGGCUCAGGCGGCUGGAAAGCUCCGGGGAGUCGGAGCAUCCAUCCCCCUGCAGUAGCAACAGCAGCAGCCUGCCUCUCCCCGCUUCUCGCGGCCCGAGCCGGCGGCGUGCGCCCGCUCUAGAGGCCAGCGGGCAGGCUGAACGGCUCGGAUGCGGAGGCGGGGAGGGGGCCGGCGUGGUUGAGCCGGUGACUGGCGAGCGGCACUGCAGCAGCCGUGGGGGAGCGGGGGACGUCGCUCCGGGCUGCGGGGCGGCUCGGGCUCUUGCCUCGGCCAGCUUGUGCUCUGUGCCCGCUGCGGCCCCGGCUGGCGGCCGGGAUGGAGAGGGAGCGGGGGCGCCGGAGUUUGGGGGCUGUCAGCUCCAGCCGGGGCUGAAGGCACCCGCCCCUAGGGGGGCUCUCUAGAGCGAGGGGAACCCAGAAAGGUAGCAGUCCAGCCAAAAGAAAGGAGGCGAAGUGCACCGAGCCCCUCUCCCGUAUCCAAGUCCUAGGGCCGAGCGGAGCCUCCCAGGCCAGCUGUGGGCAGCUCCCGGGGUUCUCUGUGCCUUCUUGUUGCCUCUUCCUUGCCUCCGUCGUCGGGCAUUGCGCCCCAGUCCCUGCCAGGAUGAGGAGGUUGCGGCGUCUGGUGCACCUGGUUCUCUUCUGCCCACUGACCAAGGGCUUGCAGAAUCGUCUACCUGGCAUCAAGGUGAAAUACCUCUUCCUGGCAUGGCUGGGCAUCUUUGUAGGCAGCUGGGUGGUGUACAUGCAUUACUCUUCAUACUCAGAACUCUGCCGAGGGCAUGUCUGUCAAAUGAUCAUUUGUGAUCAGUACAAGAAGGGGAUCAUCUCUGGUUCUGCCUGCUCCGAUCUGUGUGAUGAGCACACCUUGGUGUUCCAGCAGUGCCUCUCCCCAUCUCCCACGAAGCAGGUGUACAGUGGGGUGUGGAAGGGGAAAGCGGUGAUCAUCAAAUGUGGCAUCACAGAGGCCUUGAAAGCUGAGAACAAUCCCGACACAGGCCCCCGAAGAGAACUGGUUCUGUUUGAUAAGCCAACAAGAGGCACAUCAAUGGACGAGUUCAGGGAGAUGCUUCUGAAUUUUCUCAAAGCUAACCUUGGAGAUCAGCCUUCUCUCACUGGCCUGGUUGGCCAGAUCAUCACCAUGGCAGAUGUCAACCAGGACGGGAAAGUGUCUCUUGCAGCCAAGUCCAUCUGGGCCCUGCUGCAGCUCAAUGAGUUUCUACUCAUGCUGUCCCUGCAUGAGAAGGAGCAUACAUCCAAACUCCUAGGACACUGUGGAGAUCUCUACCUCACGGAGAAGAUCCCCCACAGCUCCUUGUAUGGCACCGAGGUGCCUCCCUUUCUGAGGCCGCUGCUGCCCUCUGCUAUCCACAGGAUCGUCCAGCAGUGGUUUGCACCAGCUUGGCCUCGAAGGGCCAAGAUUGCCAUUGGCCUUCUGGAGUUUGUGGAAGAGGUCUUUCAUGGCACCUAUGGGGUCUUCUACAUCUGUGAGACUAGUUCUGCCAAUGUGGGCUACAAUGCCAAGUACGACUUUAAGAUGGCUGACCUGGGAAAGGUGGCCCCUGAGGCAGCAGUCCGGGCCUUUCUCAAAGGCCGCCACUGUGAGCAGAACGCUGACUGCACUUAUGGCCAGGACUGCAUGGCACCGUGCGACAAGCUCAUGAAGCAGUGUAAGAGUGACCUGAUCCAACCUAACCUAGCUAAAGUGUGUGGCUUGCUGAAGGAUUACCUGUUGUCAGGCACUCCUGCAGACCUCAAGGAUGAGCUCCAAAAGGAGCUCCAAAUCUGUAUGACUCUGAGUGGCCUGGCCAGCCAGAUGGAGGUGCACCAUUCAUUAGUGCUCAGUAACCUCAAGACUUUGCUCUGGAAAAAGAUAUCUAAUACCAAAUAUUCCUAAAGGGAUAAGGGCUUGUUCUAGUCGCAGCCCACCUCUGCUGUCCUUUGUGGAUAAAGUCGCAUUACAACAAAGGGUUCUGUAGGACAAACAUCUCCACAUCCCGACGGAGAGCCCAUAGUAACAGAGCUCUGUUGCUUGGGCUACAACAAAUUCUAUGCCACAGGUAGAUUAAGUGCUUUCUCUAAUGUCUAUCCACACCAUAGCUACUUUCUAUCAGGAAAGGUUUUGGUGAGAGGAGAACUGAAUUCUUUUCUUUUGUCCUGUCAUCCAAAUAGCAGUUGUCAUUUUCACAACCAUGGCAAGCACCUAACGAAAUUCAUCCAAACUCCCCAAACACAGUUGAAACAAGACAAGAGUUUGAGGAUCUAAAAGACCAGAAAGGAAGGAAUGGGAUAUGUGGACUUAAUCACCACUACCCCAUCCUCUCCUUUCUGGUACUGAAUACAAAACAUUUGUCACUUGCUAGAGGUCAGCUUUCAUCUCCAGCUCUAGAAGACAUUGAUUUUUAACAAAAAUUGAAUAUAACAAAAACAAUUAGGAUCCCUUCCUGGUCCCCUCCCCCCACAAAAAUUUAUUGUUUACCUGUCUCUGCUUUCCCCUCUUCUCCUUCACUAGAGAAAGCUUUCCAUCAACAGAAGGUUUUCAUAAGUUAUAAACCUUUACAUCCAUGGAAAAAUGUACCUGUAAUCUUUACAAGAUUAUUGCCCUAUGCCCUUCAGACAUCCAGGUCAAUGGUGUGAGAACUUGGCAACCAUAGCUAAAAGGCUGGUGUAGGAAGUAGAAAUCAACUGUGCAGAGGAAUUAGUCUUAACUGUGCAAUCUUUCCCCAUUAAGGAAAGCUCUGUAUUAGUAUAGACCAAGGGAAUCAUAAUGCUGUUUUUACAAAAAAAUUUUAUGUUGAAUACUGAUGUAAAUAAAUAGCUUUUAUGUGACUGCCACUGGUUUAUCUGAGCUGCCACCAUUGUUUGAGACAACUGCUCCUAGGAGUUUUCUUGGGCACAGCACUGUUCUUUUUAUCACUGUGGGCAAACUAUCUUACCCACACCUAGUUGACAUGCCAUAGUGGCAUUCCCUUCCACCCUAGUCUUCUCUGUUCUGGGUUAUUCAGGGGACUCAUGUGGGUUGGAGGGUUAAGUUGUAACUUUAGGACCCCAUUGUUUUCCCCUGUUGGCAAAUAUUGUCCUUCAGUUGGGCAGGUCUCUUCAGCUCCCCUUGCUUGACUCACUUACCCAGUCUUUGAGAAAGGUUAAAUAGGUACCUUCAAAUCCUUCCAGGUUUCUCUGACAAAUCUGAGCUGGGUAAAUCUGUAGUUUCUUUUUGGGGUAGUUUCAGCUACUACUAAAAUGGGGCUUAUAGAUACAACUGAUGUCCAAGUAGCCCAGUGUAUCCUCAAAAGGAGAGGGAACCUUGCUAAGAGGCAUGUUUGGAGGUGAAGAUGUUUGGGGAAGGGACAGGACUUCACCAAGUUUUGCAUGAAGAUACAGAACAGAAACUUCCUCCUGUUAGCUGGGAGGAUUAAUAAUAAUAAAGUCUUUUUUGUGUUACUCAAGA